GCAUGGAAUCACCCUUUUGUGACCAGGAUUGCAGCCAAGUGAAGCUGAUCUUGUCAAGGACCCGGAUCCUGUCCAGGAGAAGGAGUACAGCUGCCAGGAUCGCUGAUGAGAGCUGAAGAGCAAAGCAACGGACCCUACAGUACCGCACGUGUGUUGGAUCAGUCUUUGUUCAGUUCGCAGUCACCAGCUGAGGCAGAGCAGACCCGGGUCGGUGAGACAGAGCGUGCCUAAAUACUUGAGAUUGAGAUCAAACCUGCCGGUAGUUAGUUAGUGUUGCUGAGUGGCAGGCUACCAAGAAUUUCUGUUUGUUUAUCCCAAAGACUUAUCAGUUAAAGUUUUAGAACCGGAGAACAGAGAGGACUUCACCAUAAUCACUGAAUAGGCCGCCAGUGACAAAACAUGGAGGCUUCAUCUACUAUAUGGAUCUGGAUGUGGUUGAAACAAAAUGCUCUGUCCUGAGUGGGAAAUCGUGGAAAGAGUGUAGCAAUGAUAACAUUUCAUUCCCUGAAAUGGUAUCUGGUCACUGUAAAGUCAUCACUUUCAUAUCCAAGACAUCGAGAAGUCAGAGACUCUUGAAUUAUAAUUGCACCCUUGGCACAGUUCCUUCUAGGACAGUUGCUCGUAUUUGCGUAGCCUGCCCCUUUUUAAUGAGCAAUACCGCCCCAUACAUAAAAGCAAAGGCUAAUCGUGUCAUCCAGCAGUUUAAUGAAGACAGCAAUAAGACGCAUCAUUUCAAAGUGGAUAAAAUUGAAAGAGUGAGAACACAGUAUAAGUAUGGACAAUUGUAUUUCUUCGAAUUAAUCAUAAAGGAAACUGAGUGUUUGAGAACACAAGCUUAUGUAAAUCUUGAUGAUUGCGUGUUCCGUGCAGACAAGGAUGCACAUGUUGGUUUCUGCACAGGAGGUGUUUACCACACACCUGAAAGGCAAGAAAAGUAUUACGUGUCCUGUGAAAUCUACAACCCAAGGGUUGAUAAAGACUAUGAUGAUCAUAGACAUCGGCUUUGUGGUCAUGGACCAGAUAGAUCAAAUAAUGAACGAGGAGAAGAAAAUACCACAGUCCCAGGCGCAGAUGCAGCAGAAGAAAUGCAAAAAGGUGCUGGGGAGGCGGGAAAAGGCAAAGAGGCACCUGGCAAUUGUGAGCAUGGGCGAUGCCCACUCCACAGGGGUCAUAAACAUCAUCGUUGCCGACAUGAAAAAAGAUCAAAAAGUUCACUUGGGAUUUACUAUCUUUUUGCUGUGGGAGAGUGUGUACCACAUCCUACCAUUGUCCACCAACCUCAAAAAUAUAAAAAGCCUGGGAAGCAUGGAAAGUUUGAUUAUAUAGAAUUUCCAAGUGAACAAUCAAAACUGAAAACAUGUCCAGGUGAACCAAUGGUAGAAUUACCACAAAUUGUUCAAGAUUGUCUUUUUAAAUAAUAUAGAGCAACAGCAUUUGUCUACUAUAUAUGUUAAAAAGAGCAACAAUAAACAUUUAUGAAACAAAAAA